CACCAACCCUAUCCCUUCCUGGCCGCCGCCGACACUUGCUCUGCUCCCCUCCCCUCGCGGCCGACGCCCGAGUCCCCACCUCCUCCCCUCCCAGCGCAGCGGCGAGGCCAGCUCCCGUCCCUGCCUGUCAGCGCGGCUAGCGCCCAGCUUGCCAUCCCCGCGCGGAGGCAUGGCAGCACCCGGACUCCUUCCACCCACGCGCGGAGGCGGUGGCGCCCUAGCCUCCUUCCGCCCACACGCAGCGGCGGCGUCCGGCCUCCAUUCGCCCACGCGCGACGGUGAGGCCGGCAGCCAUCCCUUCCCGCCGUCGACGCGAAUGGCGGUUGGCCUCCCCUCCCAGCGCGGCCGGCGCCUAGCUUGCUUCCGCUCUUGCGAUGGUGCCGCGCAGCCACGUCCGGCCUCCCCUCCUCGUGCGUGGCACGAUGGCGGCGGCGGCGGCCUCCUCUCCCCAAGGCUACGUGGGUUAAUCAGGCCUGCGUGGGCUAAUCGGCCUGACAGGCUGGCCCAGCACGGCUAGAAUGCACACGUGCCGUGCCUAGGCCGGCACUCAGCCCAUAGGCAGGCACGGCAUGACUCGUUUAGCAAUCGUGGCUAAACGGAGCCCGUGCCAGGCCGUCCGUUUGGCCAUCUAUACCUAUACCUAUGCGCUACAUGCCAAGCCAAGCUUCAUGCAGUCCAAGACGACACUGGCAAUCCCUAGCGCCGUGCGAGGCGUGGGCUCGCACCUUGGGGCGCCGCCCGUCGCGCGAGAACCGCUGCUGCCUCGGCAGGAGGGCCUUGCACAGCCGCCGCUGCCGCGCGAGGGCGGUGGUGCCCACCUGCAGCCGGUUGGCGCGGCCGCCCAUGACGCCCGGAGCUUCCCGUGGCUCCCGGUGGCGGGCUUCGGUUACUUGACGAUCAGCUCGGGCAUUGCCCUGCGCCGUUCUUGGGGCGACCCCGGCGCCGCGGCCUUCGUUGUCUCCGCCUACGGCGACCUCUUGCUGCUCUUCUACUGCCUCCGGCGGUGCGAGCGCGCCGAGCCUGGCUCGGCCCUCAGGGAAUGGCUGAAACUGGCGGUGUGGCUGCUCACAUCCGCGCUGACGCUCCUCUUCUCCUACAAGGUGGUCGCUGUCAUGCCGGCAGCCGUUGCUGCCAUCGUCUGGGUCAUGGGUCUCGCCAUCAUCUGCGGAGGCUUCGUCGCUUUUUUCUGCUUCGAGGAGAAGGUCAUCGAGGAGAACGUACGUGUGGCGUAACGAAAUUCAAACCGGUUCAGCACAACAAGCUGACCCAACCCGGAUUAUUGAAGGGAUAAAUUGAUAAUAAACUAGAUUAAGUGAAGAAUAAACUAGUUAUAAUUCAUGAUCAGUAGGUUACUCUCCGUCUAGACACAUCGAUGUUACAUAGGAGUAGUAUCGAAAAUUAUAAGAGUAGAAAAUGUCGUCCGUCUAGCGUUUGCUUCCGUGUUUUCAUCAAUGGGUUCCUGCAACAAAAUAAGAACAGAAAAAGUUAAACACUAGUGAAAAAUUCAAAAUCAAAACAAAAAACAAAUUAAGUUAUUAAAAUCAGCAUUGAUUAA